AUGGAAACUAUAAGGCUAAUGACUGCUAUAACAAAUUACAAUAACUGGUUUAUGUACCAAAUGGAUGUGAAAUGUGCUUUCUUAAAUGAUCUCCUAGAUGAAGAAGUGUACGUAGCUCAACCUCUUGGCUUCAGUGAGAAAGGUCAAGAGUCAAAGGUUUACAAACUGAGAAAUGCACUAUAUGGGCUCAAACAAGAUCCAAGAGCUUGGAAUAAGAGAAUUGACAG